UCCCAUUUGGACAAUAGGAAGGAAGAUUAUUGAUAAGAAAAAGAAGCCUGAACCUGCUCAAAAGGAGAAUAUGGUAUCAGCGCCUGUGAAAAAUCCAGUUAAAGGUAAAGGAGCUUACCAGGGUAUGUGAAAGAACUGGAAAUUCGAGAAAGUCAGAGGAACCUCUAAAUACUGCGAUUAUCAAGAGGCAAAGAUUCAAGAACUUUUCACUUGACUGAAGCCAGGUCAUAUCCCAAAAGCUCUUACUUUGGUCCUGGAAAAAGGGUUAGUAGAAACAUGCCUUCCAGGAGACGAUGUCAAGAUCUUCGGAACCCUUAUUGAGAGGUGGCUUUACCCUCCUUUCAAAGAUUCUCGCCCAGAGCUCCAACUUUGAGUGUAUGUAAAUAAUGUUGAAAUUAUGAACAAGAAGGAUAAGAUUGGAAAUGAAGGUGUUUCCUCUGUUGAUGCAGAGGAGUUUAAAGAGUUUUGGAAGAGAAACAAAGUCAAUUAUGUCAGAAAUGUUCUUAUAGAUUCAGUGGCUCCGAAAUUGUUUGGCCGUAGUGAGGAAAAGCUAGGCUUGCUUUUAUCAAUGAUUGGGGGAGUCCCUAUUCCAGGCAAAAAUUCUGUUCGAGGGAAGAUACAUAUUUUGUAUGUAGGAGACCCAGGAACUGGGAAAUCUCAAUUGUUAGGAUUUGCACAGAGAUUAACACCAAGAAGUGUUAUGACUAAUGGAACUGGAACAACUGGAUGCGGGCUUACAGUUACUUGAGUUAAAGAGAAUAAAGAGUUUGUUUUAGAGGCAGGAGCUUUGGUACUUGCAGACACAGGGGUUUGCUGCAUUGAUGAGUUUGGGCAAAUUAAAUAAAGAAGAUCGUGCUUGAAUUCAUGAAGCAAUGGAGCAGCAGAGGAUUAGUGUAUCUAAAGGAGGUAUUGUUUGAACGAUUAACACUCGGACAACAAUAAUAGCAGCUUGAAACUUCAUUCAAAGCCGUAGGGACUGUGAAGAGCUAUGAAAAUCUACCGGGAUAAUAACCUCUCUUCUUUCAAGAUUUGAUUUGAUAUUUCUAAUCCCUGAUGAGCACAACAUUGAGGAGGAUACAAUGAAAGCAGAGUAUUGUUUAUUCAGGAGCUCGACUGGAUUCAAAGAGAACACAAGGCUUUGGCAAACAGAAAAAUUACGAAAAUAUGUUAAGUUAGUACAAGAGGUAUUCGAGCCUUGCAUCUCAGAGCAAGCUGAAGAGCUGUUUAAAGCGUAUUUUACUUUCAUCAAGCACAGUCCAAUUGCUGGAAAGGAACGGAAGACAGUCAGAAUGCUCGAGAGUAUCAUCAGACUGGGUCAAGCUCAUGCUCGUCUCAUGUUUAGAGAUGAGGUCACUACUUUUGAUGCUAUCUCUGUGAUACUUCUUAUUGAAACUAGUUUAAAUUGAGGAUUGAUUAAGAAAAACUUUCUCCAUGCUAGAUAUGUUGAUGAAAGAGAUUAUUUUGAACUCAAGGUUGAGAUAUUACAGAGGUUAAAACUUGUUAGUCCCAGGCAUCAAAAGUUGUUAUGGGAAAAUAUGAAAGGUGAUAUUAAAAUAAGAUCUCGUACACCAUCUCCUGUGCAGGAUUAUAUUGAGGAAUCGAAAAUGAACCUUGCAAUUACGGAGUUCGGGACUGAAGAAUUUAGCUUCAUUGGAAACUUUGAUCCUCGAGGGAUUGCUGCAUUUAAUAUAACUCAGGUUCACAGAUCAGUAGAUGAUAAUGAGAGCUUGGUCCCAAAGGUUGAGGAAGUAAAGUUAGGACAGACUACACAGAAAGCUCCUUCAAUAGGCUCUUUUGAUCUAGAUGAAGACGAGCUUGAUCUUUUAGAUCAAUUUAUUGAAUCAAGAAAUAGUAAACAUGCUAAGGAGCCAGAAGUUGGUCUCUCUGAAAUUAAUGAGGACUCAGAGUUUGAUUUGAGCAAUAUUGAUUUUGAAUAGGAGUGAAAACUCAAUAUUUAGAUAUAAA